ACUAAGCCAUUGCGUAUGUUCCAGUCGCAAACAGACGCGAUCAUCGGCUGGGUGGACCCUCGGUCGAGCCGCCCGUUCCUGAUGGACACGUGGGUGAGUGGCUACUCCGCGCCCAGGAACGACCCGCGCCAGGACCUCUCCAAGGAGGCCGGGAGUCUGCUCGACGGGUUCACCACUCUCAGCUUUGUGAGGAAGAGGGACACGGGAGAUCAGAAGGACCUCGCGUUUACGGACACGCGCUGCCUGUACAUGAUGUGGGUGGUGCAGGGCGGCGGGUUCGACGCCGUCAACAAGCGCACCAGCAAGCACCUGCAGGUGCCCGUCGUCAGCGACGAUCGCGUCUGCAUCAGGCCCUGCGGACCUGAGCCCGUAGAAGAAGAGGUAACAACAGAAGCGAUCCUGCCGGGCCAGUCGUUCUACACGAUGCUGGUGCGAGUGACGGGGCUGGCUGACAGCUUCCAUCCACCAGCUCCUGGCAGCAAGGAGUACGACGAGCUCAGCGCACAGGUCGCGGACAACGUGGGGUCCACCCUCGGCAGGACCAAGGGGUACCAGGGAGUCGUCGUCAACGGGUUCAUGCAGAAUGAGACUAAGGCAAUCAUAGCGGAACUGAGCCUGAAGGUGAUAGAGGUGUCAGGGUCUAAUGUGGACAACUCCACGGAGGAUGAUGAUGCAGAGCUUCUGAAGUGGAAGCGAGCUGUCCAGGAUAUGUUGGCGGAAGGCAAGGUGGGAAACCUGAACGUAGACCCCGAGUUCCUGGUGUUUGAGCCUCAGAACUUGUUCUCAACUCGUCCCACCGAGGAGGAAGGUGGUUCGUCCUCCGUGGUGAUGUCGGCCACCAAGCUGUGGGUGGUGGUGGGGUGUGUGGCGGCGCUGCUGCUGGUGGCGCUGCUGCAGGCCGCCUGCACGCUGUACAGGACACGAGCCACCACCAACAACAAGGAGCAACUGAUCCCCAACGCGGUAUGGAAAGACUACUCCCCAUCGAACACCAACUACGGCUUCGAACCGUUCGACAACGACGACAAGUUCACCAACACCACCUCCACGGCGACCGCGAGGCGUCGGCCCCCGCCCCCCUGCGACCCACCGAGGCCCCCCCACCACGACCCACGCACAGGCCCGUCAACGGACAACAGAAGACCAUGACCAUCAACAGCAAGGUCAAUGGCAGCGCGAGGAACGGGAACGGCACCAGCGGCAGGACCACCCCCCACCACGGGAACGGCGCCUUCUACCACGACACCAGGUCGCUGCAGCGGCCUCGGGGACAGUAUGGUAUCGUCGAACCAAUCGGAAGGUCGGAUGCGGAAGAAUCCGGGAAAAGCUGGUAAAUAAAAAAAAUGUACCAACACUUUUAAAACGCACCGCUUGGCUCAUAUACCGACACCUUAUAUCGUACUCUUAAUAAAAUA